AUGUUGCGCAACUCGUGGCUAUUCGCCCUCUUUGCGCUCUUUGCGCUGUCGUCGGCCUUCAACCUCGACGGCAUCGAGGAGUACAUCCACCACGGCGUUAAGAGGCAAGCUUCAGGAACCGGCAACAACAACGCACCCGUAUCGACACCUCCCGCAUCCUCUGCAGCACCACCGCCAGCAUCAUCGGCGGCCCCGCCACCAUCGCAGACACCCCAGCCGUCUGCCACUCCCGAUCCCACGACAGAGCCAACUUCGGCUGCACCCCCGCCGUCGUCAGCAGCAGCACCAUCACAGGCACCUGCCGCGAGCACUACCCGCGGACAGUCGCAACGUCCCACCACCGCCCCGCAGUCAAGUUUCGUGGAUCCUGACCCGUCCCGAACUACGCCCAUCACUAUCAAGACUCCUCUUGUCACAUUCUCUCCCAAGCCAUUUACUACUGUCUCUCGAACGACGCUCCCCAAUGGAGAUGUAGCCGAAUCCACUGUCUCUGGAGUCGAGUCUGUUCCCGUCACCACCGGUGAAGCGGAAGCGACCAUUGCCCCAGCCACGCAGAAGAACACCGACAGCAGCGACGGCUUGAGCGACUCGAACAAGAAGGUCAUUGGUGGUGUCGUCGGCGGCAUUGGCGGUGCCCUGCUCCUUGGCGGCAUCGCACUCGUCUUUUGGCGCAUGAGGAAGCGUCAGAACAAGGUGACUGCCGACGAUGACGACCUGAACCUCAACACCGGCGCUGCUCUUGGCGACAAGCCACAGAACGGUACCGGAGCUUCGCCAUUCCAGUCGAACCUCGAGCAGUACCACAACCCUGGUGGACGCCCGAAUGCCGCAGCCAACUUCUAAGCUGCCGAUAGCCGGCGACGUACAUAUGCGGCCUAGCAACGGCUGCUCACGAUACUAACGACCAUUUAGCGGCUUUGAGGUUUUGAUGUGGAAGCUCUCACGUGUCUGGUACCAUACGGUGCUACACGAUGAGCUAUUCCACACGAUUUGUGUAUAUGGGAGAUUGUCACAUGUAUUGGGUUUGAUGUUCAGCAUUGCGAGCGAUCUGGCAGCAUUCUUGCUUUGGAAUCACCGCGCGAGCAUAACAUCAGGGUAUAUUACAAAGAGGUAUCGAGCUGCUCGAACUGCUCGUCCACUCUUUUUAUCAAGCGACGUUGCAUUUGCAGCACCGCUCAUAAAAGCUGUAAUUAGCAUUCUCUAAUUUAUUUCGUCUGUGUACCGUCAUAGAAUACCCAA